AUGAAGACUUCUAACAACUCCUUGAGGUUUUUACCUACAACAUUCAUUUUGGUUGGCAUCCCAGGGCUGGAGGCAGAGCACCUCUGGAUCUCUGUCCCCUUCUGCUUGUUGUACAUCAUCAUCUUUCUUGGGAAUGGCAUCAUUCUUCACAUCAUCAGAACAGAUGUUGCCCUACAUCAGCCCAUGUACCUCUUUCUUGCCAUGUUGGCACUGUCUGAGGUUGGUGUCUCUGCAUCCACCCUGCCUACAGUCUUAGGCAUAUUCCUUUUUGGAAAUACUGAAAUUAGUUUUGAAGCAUGUCUUUUCCAGAUGUUCUUUAUCCAUUCUUUAUCCAUUAUGGAGUCAGAUGUGCUGCUGGCCAUGUCUUUGGACCGCUUUGUGGCCAUCCACAACCCACUGCGCUAUACAGCUAUGCUGACACUGCCCCGGGUCUUCAGCACAGGAGCUAUUAUCGGGCUGAAAAGCAUCAUGCUCAUGGCUCCAUUCCCCAUUCUCUUAUGGCGUCUGCCCUUCUGUGGCCACAAUGCCCUCUCACAUUCCUAUUGUCUGCACCCCAAUCUUAUCCAUCUAUCUUGUGGGAACAUUUCUGUUAACAAUAUCUAUGGAAUUUUCAUUGUUACCUCCACUUUUGGGCUGGAUUCAUUGCUGAUUGUGAUCUCCUAUGUGCUCAUACUCCACACUGUACUGGGUAUUGACACUGGAGAAGGGCGGAAGAAGGCGCUCAACACAUGUGGCUCACACAUCUGUGCUGUGCUUGCUUACUAUGUGCCUAUGAUUGGCUUGUCUAUAGUGCACCGCCUUGGACAUCAUGUGUCCCCUCUGCUGCAAGCCAUGAUGGCCAAUGCCUACCUUUUCUUCCCACCUGUUGUCAAUCCUAUUAUCUACAGCAUGAAGACCAAGGAGAUCCGUCGUGGCAUUGUUCGAAUGCUAUCAGAGAAAAGAACCAGAGUAUAGCCAAAAUCCAUAGUAGGAAGAGAUGUUUUUGUUUGUUUGCUUGCUUUCUAUACUAACAGGUGGCCUUAGAUUGCAUGUUAUGCAAUUGAUAUCACCUUAAAACACAGUGUCUAACAGGAGGUUCUCUAUAGUCUGACCACAAACUGGAGUGAGGGUGCAAGUCGGGGUGAAUUAUGUGUGACAGAACAGUACACAAAAGUGAGACUCUUUUAAAACAUGUGGUAUGAGGUUUUUUUCAUUACCUUGUAUACCUGGAGCAGGGAUGCAGAAAAGAUUGUAACACAGCAUUAGUCAUAAGGAAAAGGCACCUGGGACUUGGAAGCUAUAAUGGGAAAUCUAUUCAGGCCUCUGUGCUAGGGAUAGAGGAAGUGAAAUGCAUUACGGUAUCUUAAGUUAUUGCUCUCUGAAUUCAACAGGAGCGGAACAUAUCAGCUAGUUCCAAAAAUGGCUUCUACGACAGGCUAUGACUUGGCAUUCACCCAAACUCAACAAGGCCCCAAAGAUUACAAAUGUUAUUUAUUAUGCAAUAGCAAAAAAGUAAUUUACAAAAGCAUGGAUUCAGUGAAGCCACUUGGUUGUUACCCUUGGGCACUCACAUGUAGAUGCCAACCCAGAGCAUCAGGAAGAGGACUCCAAAGCCCAUGAAGAGUGAGGCCAUCAAGGAGAUCUUUAUAGAUAUCAUGAGUGUACUUGAUAGAGGUGACCUUGUAAACGAAGAACCAGGUGGUGAAGAACAUGCUGAUGGCCAAAUCACCACUGUCCGAUGGGGAAAGACAGCUGGGUUCACUUGGCUGGUGUAUUUGCUCGUGGCCUCAAGCUCCAUUUUGCCCCGUGCAGGCAAAGCUGCCACUCCGCUCCUAGAAGACUUCUGUUAUUUCUUAUCUUUUGCUUUCUUGACUUCAUCUCAUCUCUCUGACUAGGUAAUUAUAGCUAACAAUGUUAUCUACUGUGAUACGGAGUAUCUAGCAGACCUGAUUUAAUCAUCACAUUCUCAUAAGACUCACCAAGUAAUGUUCACAAUUUUCCAAAGCCAUAGACUGAUCAUCUGAUCUACAAAAACACUAAAUUCUUGACCAUCUUUCCAGUCAAUAUUGGCUCUGAAUGGCUUUUUGCCCAAAACAUCCAGCACCAUUUUCAUCUGGAUAGUUUCCCCUGCUGGUAAAAAUGGUGAACGCUUUUCCUUAUAUACUCCCAGUCCCCCACAGAGACACCAGAUCCACUAACACUCUCUAACUGAUGUUCAAAAUCUGCACUGCUCAUACCUCAGCAUGGAAUGAAGUGAGCUAAGAAACUCUCUCUAACUUUGGUUUACAAGGAUUUGCAGGCAUUUCCUGAUGGAUACUAGGUUCAUUUCUGGGAAUAUGUAGCAAUUUGACAUGUUGUGUCUCAUGUCAAAGUUUGCUUGACUCAAUCUGAAACUAAUCUAUUUGGCAAAGUUUUCUUUCUGUUAGUUUAUAUCCUCGUCAUUACAGUGCCUCCCAUCCUCAGUCUAAUUUCAUCUUUUUGAGGACUAAGUACUUGGUGGAACACACAGAGGCAAUGAGGAAGCUGGUUUAUGCAGCUGAAGAGAGCAGCAAAGGAAACAGAUAAUCCAAACCAGAAUCCUGAACUACACCAGAGAUAUCCUUCUCUCUUCCCAGGGAGUUUCAACUUGAUUUUUUUCCAAACUAGAUCUCUCUGCUAGGAAAUGAAAAAGGAGGUUUAGGUUUUUCUUUCUUCUAGGAAUUUCUAAAAGAGUUUAUUCAGAAGCCAAGUUCUAAAGACUUUAGGGAGUCUUGGGAUGAUGCAUUCUUUGCCCCUUCACUUCUUGACUGAUACAUUACUGCCUUUGCCUCUCUGCAAUCGCCAAUAAACCAGCUGCCUACUCCCCAUUCUGCCCUGCAAUGCCCUGUUGCCCAUGGUGUGCCCCCAGGCCAACACACACUGGAGCCACUUACUGACCUGUUCAUAAGUCUGUUCAUUGUUGCCAUAGAUGUGACUAUAAACCCCUAAACCUGUUCAGGAUAUUGGAUCCAACACCACCUUUUUAGGUUAUACCUAGAAGCCAAGUUGCAAAGAAUAUUAGUUUCAGAAAUUCCCCCAUAAGGCCCACUUCUCUCUCCUCCCUCCUUUUUUAUACUCCCAGCCUGAGGGAUUUGGAACUUUGGAACAGGAGUCCCUAAGGCUUCUUCCUGCCUAUCGGUUUGGCAAUUAGCCUCAUCUCCAGAAAUAGAUUUAUUUCAAGCAUCACAUGGAGAUAAAAAAUAAAAUGUUGGGAGGAUAAUCUUUUUGCUGCAGAUUUUUAAAAGGACUUCCAAGACCUUGUCUCUGUAUUGAAGCAUAUGUUACUAUAGAAAUCAGAGUAGAGAAUUACACUAAUCCUCUAAGAAAAUUUUGCCACCCUACCCCACUUGACACUACCCUUUUGUUUUUAAAUUUUUAAGGUAAUUGUUAGAGAUUUCCCAAGGUUUAUUUGAAAUGACACAGCACUGAAAACAUGAUUGUUACAGAUGAUUUGUGGAUACAGUACAUAUCACCUGUCUUACUUUAGGACAGUCUGUGAAGAUGAGUUACAUAAAUAUAAAGCAGUGGAAAUAUA